AGGAAGCGGCUGGUGGCGGCAGGUGUCCUGGGGGUCGUUAUGGUUCUGGUUUUAGUUAUUCUUAUCCCGGUUCUGGUCAGCUCAGCAGGGACAGCCGCGCACUACGAAAUGCUUGGUACCUGCAGGAUGGUGUGCGACCCAUAUGGCACCAAAUCUCCGUCCAGCACAGCCACGGCGGACACAGUCCGAGACAACAGCCUCGUGCAGUCUUUACCCACUUUUAUCCAAGGUCCGAAAGGGGAACCGGGUCGGCCGGGUAAGGCAGGUCCAAGGGGACCUCCCGGUGAGCCGGGACCGCCCGGUCCAAUGGGGCCACCCGGGGAGAAAGGUGAACCGGGUCGACCUGGUUUACCAGGACCUCCGGGAUCCAGCGCAGCUGCCGGCGCAAUUAGCGCGGCCACCUACACCACCGUGCCGAAGAUCGCCUUUUACGCAGGCCUGAAAAAGCAACACGAAGGCUACGAGGUGCUCAAGUUCGACGACGUGGUGACCAAUCUGGGAAACCACUACGAUCCGACCACCGGGAAGUUCACGUGCUCCAUCCCCGGGAUUUAUUUCUUCACUUACCAUGUACUGAUGCGCGGAGGGGACGGUACUAGCAUGUGGGCUGAUCUGUGCAAAAACAAUCAGGUGCGGGCCAGUGCCAUUGCCCAGGAUGCAGACCAGAACUAUGACUAUGCCAGUAACAGUGCUGUGCUGCAUCUGGAGCCAGGAGACGAGGUCUACAUUAAACUAGAUGGAGGCAAAGCUCAUGGAGGCAACAACAACAAGUACAGCACCUUCUCUGGAUUUAUCAUCUAUGCUGACUAG